GUAUGUUGAGAGGUCAUCAUUGCUUCCUCCUGAAAGGCCUUCAGGUUUUUGCAAUCUAUCAAACCUUCAACUCAGAUUUUUGUGCCCACAAGAUAUAAAUGAGGUUUGAAGGACUAAGUAAUUCUGGAACAUAUUCACAAUUCAUUAAGUAUAACUUUUCAAGUAGAAAUUUUGUUGUUAGUUUACUUUGGUAUUAGAGAAUGCAAAAAUUCCAGAAUGUUAUCAAAAGUUGAAAUAGAAAAUAAUGUUGACAUGCAUAGGUUGUCUUGCUCAAACCCUUCCUGUACUUAAGUUUUCUAUUGGAGUUUCAUAUAUAGAAGGUAAAUGCCUUAUGUAUGGACUGUUUUCCAGUAGAAUACCCAAGAUCUUGGUAUGAAGAUAUUACAUCAAAUCCAAAAUUUUAUUCAUUAGCAGCUAUUCAUAAAUCUACUAUUGUAGGCAUAAUAGUAGCAGAAAUUAAGUUAUAUAUAAAAUUAUCACCUAAGGAAAGAGAAGUAGUGUCACCUUCAGCAGGAAAGUUUACACAAGUUGGAUAUAUAUUAAGUUUAGGUGUUAAUAAGGCUUAUAGACGCAAUGGGAUUGCUUCUUUAUUGUUGGAUAGCUUAGUAUCACACCUCAUGUCAGCAGAAUCUCAAAAUUGUAAAGCAAUUUUUCUUCAUGUGCUCUCUAGUAAUUCAUCUGCAAUUUCAUUUUAUGAAAGAAAAAAUUUCAGGCUGCAUUCAUUUCAUCCAUAUUAUUAUAUGAUAAAUGGAAUCAAUAAAGAUGGAUUUGCUUAUGUAUUAUACAUAAAUGGUGGCCAUCAACAAUGGAUGAUAUUUGACGUUUUAAAGUAUAUUUAUACAACAAUUUGUGAAUUAAGAGUUGUGAAAUGGACAAUGAAUAAGGCUCGGAAAGCCACUAGACGAUUUUGGCCAAGACUCAGACGUAUAGCAUCUCAGAAUACAAGUACUAUUAUGAUUGAUUGUAGCUGAAAUGUAUACUUCAUGUAUAAUUAUCUUAAAAAUUGUUAUUUUCUGGAUUGCAUUUCUAGACUAACAUUUUCCUCUAUUAUACACCUGUGACUGAGGUUUAAAUCAUCAAUAUAAAUAAAUAUAAAAAAUAUUUCUUGAAAUACAAAAUAAAUAAUUUUUUUUUAAUGUUUAAAAUUUUAGAUUCAAGUUACAGGCAUAUUCUUAAAAUAAUUAAAAGUUUAAUGGCAUCCUUCUAUAAUUGUUUGUAUAAGUUGGCAAAAAUUGUUAGAUUAUUAUUAAUUGUAAAAAUAUUUUGCCAAUAUGCCAAAAUACUGUAAUUAUAUUAGUGAUUUUUUCUUAAUAAUAUGUCUUCUUUCCAACAAUAAUUUUUAAGAUUAUUCAAUUAUUUUUUCAUAUUAUCUUUUAUACUGCCUUUAUUUGUAUUACAUGACAUUAUGGUUUGGGUCUUUUUUCUUUAUUAUUAUUAUUAUUUAUUGAAGAGUUAUCAAUGUUAGAUACUUAAUUAAUAUAUAAUUAAUCAUAAAAUAUAAUAACUACAUAUAAUUACUUAAUUAAAUAAAUAUAACAAUAAUAUUAGUAGUAUUGAUAUGGUUGGGUUUAAGUUACUUUAAAUUUUUUUUGUAAAUGAACAAAAUUUGUGCUGAUAUAAGCUAAUUAUUUCUAGUCACUUCAUUAAAUAAUGUUGAUUCAUUUUUAUAUUUUAACUUUUAAACCAUAAAUAUUUUUUUCCAUUGUUAUUAUUUAUUA